GCGAGGCUUUAGUAUGCGGCUGCUGUUUGUAGGCGGCAGUGUAGCAAGCAGCAAGCAGCAGCAGUGUAGCGGCGUCAGUGUUGCGACGUAUAGCAGUGACAGCGUUGGAAGGAACAAGCGGUGGCGGUGCUGCAAGCAGCUAGCGACACAGCGGUUUGCACACACGCGCGCGCGCAUCAGUGACUUGAUGCUCACUGUCUUCGCGUGAGAAGCAGAAGAAGAAGGAAGCUACAAGGAUGGCAGGAGCACGCCUCCUCCUCGUGCUUCUCUCGGCUCUACUCUGGAGCGGUCCGGCCGGCGCGUUAGACUCGACGAAGAAGAGCCGGUGCGAGCGGAUACGGAUUCCGAUGUGCGAGAACAUGCCGUACAACAUGACGCGCAUGCCGAACCUGAUGGGCCACACCGAUCAGGAGGAGGCGGCGAUACAGGUGCACGAGUUCGUCACGCUCGUCGAGAUCGGCUGCUCGAGGCAUCUCAAGUUCUUCCUGUGCUCGCUCUACGCGCCCAUGUGCACCGAGCAGGUCGACAUCCCGAUACCGGCGUGUCGCAGCAUGUGCGAGGAGGUGAAGGCUAAGUGUCUUCCCGUGCUGCAGCGCUUCAGCUUCCCGUGGCCGCCAUCCCUGAACUGCACUCGCCUUCCGGAGAAGAAUGGACUCUGCAUGGAGUUCCCCGAUCUUCCCGAGGAACACAGCGACACUCCCGACCGGGUGUUCGACUUCGACAAGGCGAUGGAUUCUCCCGACAUCCCGUUUUUCCUGUACAACCCGAGCGUCAACUCUAAGUCGGCGUUGGCCACAACUCGCGCCUCGCCGCAGUGCGCGUCGGAUAGAUUCGUCUACGUGAACAAGCUGAAGGACAAGCGCGACCAGCUCGGCGCCUGCUCGCCGAUGUGUCGGCUGCCGACGUCGAAGGGCGAGGCGCGCGUCGACGUUUUCUUCCGACGCGCCGACAAGAACUUCGUCGAGAUCUGGAUCGCCGUCUGGGCGUCGUUCUGCUUCGUGGCGACCGCCUUCACCGUGCUCACGUUCUGGAUCGACAUGGGACGCUUCAAGUACCCCGAGCGACCCAUCUACUUCCUCGCGAUGUGCUACAACAUCUACAGCGUCGCCUUCCUCAUCCGGCUGAUCGCCGGCGCCGACGCGAUCUCGUGCGACACGACGUACACACAGGACAAGGAGCCCGUGACGUUUCUCAUCCGGGAGGGACUCGAGAGUACCGGCUGCAUCAUCGUCUUCCUCAUCCUCUACUUCUUCGGCAUGGCGAGCUCCAUCUGGUGGGUGAUCCUCACACUGACGUGGUUCCUCGCCGCGUGCCGCAAGUGGGGACACGAGGCGAUCGAGGCGAUGAGCAGUUACUUUCACCUCGCCGCGUGGGGCAUCCCCGCCGUCAAGACGAUGGUCAUACUCAUCAUGCGGCGCGUCGACGCCGACGAGUUCACGGCGAUGUGCUUCACGGGCAACAUGGACGCCGGCGCGCUGCUCGGCUUCGUCAUCGCGCCGCUCGCCACCUACAACGCUCUAGGCGUCGUCUUCAUCCUGUACGGCUUCUUCGCUCUCGUGCGCAUCCGCAAGACGAUGAAGCGCGACGGCACGAACAUCGACAAGCUCGAGAAGCUGAUGGUGAAGAUCGGCAUAUUCUCGGUGAUGUACCUCGUGCCGGCGACGUGCGUGCUCGGCUGCUUCGUCUACCAGUACUGCCAGCUGGACGGCUGGAUCGCGCGCGCGCUCGCCGCCCGCUGUCGCCACGACGACUGCAGCGACGAGCUGGAGGCGAGCAUUCCGAACAUCGCCGUCUUCAUGCUGAAGAUCUGCAUGUCGCUCAUCGUCGGCAUCUCGAGCGGCAUGUGGGUGUGGACGAGUAAGACGUGGCACUCGUGGUGCGACUUCUGCGGUCGGCCGUGGCGACGGUCGGGCCGACGUAAGAAGCUGACCUACCAUCAGCAGCCGGCCGUCGUGCAGAUGACGACGACGUAUCGCGGAGAAAAGUACCUCGCGCCGCACCAGACCUGGUCGCGCGUGUAGAGAGAGACAGAGCGUCGGACCUGGUCGCGCGUGUAGAGAGAGCCACAGAGCCACCCCGUGCGACAACUGACGCCGUGCGAGCCGCAGUUCGUGUUUCUCAGUGUGUUGAUACUCUUGUCUUACGAAGAUUUAUGAAUGCUAACGGGAACGCUUUGCUAUCUCCGCGCGUGCGUGCGUGUUUGUUCGCGUGCGCGUGUGUUCCCGGUGUGCCCCUGCAUAUUCUCUUUAAUGUUUGUAAAUGGUAAAUGUAUAGGAAAAUACGUUAAAUAUU